AUGCACGCUGCUUCAUCUGAGUCUGCAACGGUGGCUCUCAGGGUGCCUAUGUUCACCCCCAGGGAGCUCCACGAGCUGAUAGACGACGUGCUUAAUGAAAGCAUCACGGGCGCAGUCUACUCCCUCAAGGGCUAUCCGAGUCUCGCCGUGAAGGAGAUCAUCCUCGAUCAUCUGGACAGGAGCAGCGUGGAUGCCAGCAGACUAGAGCUGAUUACCUUCCCCGAGCUCUCCCACCCAGGGAUCCUCAGGUACCAUCAAAUUAUUGAGAACGAGGGCUUCAUUUACAUUGUCAUGGAUCGCCACGACAAGACUCUCAAGCGUCUUCUCACCAAGUACAAACGAAAGAGAAACUUUAUCUCUGUUAGCGUGAUCCUCUUCAUUGUGAAACAGAUCGCUGCCGCCCUCGCCUAUCUCCACAGCGUUAGUGAGGUAGAUGUUGAGGAGCUUGUUCACUGCGAUCUUAGGCCUACCAAUAUCCUCAUCAGCGCAGAUAACAAACACGUCGUCCUUGCUGGCCUUAGCCUCUGCAUAGACGCCCUGUGGAGUGAGAGCACUAUCAUGGGAGUGGCGUACAUGGCCCCCGAGAUUCUCCUCCGUAAUGAGACCAGCCAUGCUUCCGACAUGUGGAGCCUCGGGGUCAUCAUUUAUGAACUAGUAACUCUGAGGAGACCGGACUUCCUGGAGGGUGAGGAGCCGGCAAAGGUCUUCGUCGACGGGUGGAGGCCAGACCUGAGCGGUGUAACUAGUAACUUCAUAAAGGGCAUUCUAAAGAGGAUAUUUGUACUAGAUCCUGAGGAAAGACUGACAGCCAAGGAGCUGUAUGAAAUGCUCACCACAUUCGACGUCCCAGUUAGUGAGCUAGAACCUCGGCAAGUGGUACUAGAAGGCAAAUGCGGCUCCUUGGAGGAUGCGCUAAGUAAUAUUAAUACCAGGAUCGCACUUCUGGAAGCGGAUGCGGAGGCCAAAUUGGACAGGAUCACUGCUCUUGAGACAGCCCUCGAGAGUAGGCAAAGUAAAAUCGACAGUUUGGGACAGGAGCCUCGAAUUAAAUUCACCAGGAUUGAUGCGCUUGAAGAUCGGGAUAAAGAGUACCUAGCCAUAAUAAGAGUACUAGAAAAUAGAAUCGCACAACUUAGCACUGGAUUAGCUACAUCCAACUCUCAGUUCAAUCUCCUCUUGCUCCCUAGGCUGAUACGUGCUGCACACACGAAUGACAUGGAGGCCGUUUGGACCUUGGUCAACGAGGGAUUCAAUAUUGGUCAGCGCGAUGAGCAGAAGAUGACGGCCCUCAUGCACGCAGCCCAGCAGGGGCACAUCGGUCCUGUCAAGCUGCUUGUUGAGGAGGAGAAUGGCUUCAGAGACAAGAAUGGCUGGACUGCACUCAUGCACGCCGCACACAGCAACCACCCUGAGGUAGUUGAAAUUCUCGUCCCUCAUGAGCAUGGAAAGAGGAAUAACAGUAGCUGGACUGCCCUAAUGAUCGCUGCAGAGAAUGGUAGCGCAGAAACUGCCUCCAUUUUGAUCCCGUACGAGAGGGACCUAGUCGACAACGAAGGUAAUACGGCCCUGACGAUUGCUAGGGAUGCAGGGCACAAAAUUGUUAUGGAUAUUCUUGAGCCAACCGAUGAAUUUGGUGUCACGGCAUUAAUGCGAGCAGCAAUAGGCGGCCACACAGAGGUAGCAAGACUACUAAUAGACCAUGAAAGUUGUGCACAAGAUGUUUUUGGAACAACUGCUUUCAUGGAGGCCGCAUCUAGGGGGCACUUAGAGAUAGUGAAAAUGCUAAUGAACCGUGAGAGCACUAUGAAGGACCUCAAUGGCGUAACAGCCCUUAUGAGGGCGGCCUCUGAUGGCUAUCUGGAGGUAGUAAGACUAUUGCUGGGGUGUGAGGCUGGAAUGAAAGAUAGUAAAAAUAAGACUGCUCUCAUGUAUGCAGCACUUAAUAGCCACUUAGAAAUAGUAGAACUGCUAAUGAAGUAUGAAAACGGUAUGGAGGACAAUUAUGGUAUGCUUGCUAUCAUGUAUGCAGCAUUUACUGGCCACUUAGAAAUAGUAAAACUGCUAUUUGAAAAGGAGGGACACCUAGUAGACAAAUCUAACAAGUUCUUUUUUAGUGAGCUUGAGACUAGGGGCUAUUCCGAAAUAUUGUCUCUCCUUAGCAGCAGUAGUACACUUGGUGUCGAUGGUCAUAAUGAUCCUUAG